CCCCGCGUGCGCCCGCCGGCAGUGCCCCGCCCCGCCCCGCCCCGCCCCAGGAGCAAUGGAUCCCCCCAGCUACCUGGAAGACGACUAUUCCAGCCUGGACGGGCUGGACGAUGACGUGUUUCACUCUGACUUUGGACUCACAGGUCAGCCUGGUGAGAUGACUCCUCCUGGCAUUUUCACACAGAACCAAUCCUACAGCUGUCUCCUGGGGAGGUUUCAACUGUUCCCCCUCACACACUGCUGUGGUCCAGGUAUCAGGCAUGCUGAGCAGCAGGACAAGGCAACCCAAACACUCAGUCCAUCCUCUUCCACUCAGGAUGUCAUGUUGCCAUGUGGAGUCACUGAAGAGCCCCAGAGACUCUUCUAUGGGAAUGCUGGGUACCGUUUACAUGUCCCUCCAGUUGGCUUUGCAUUGAAUCCGCACCUCCAAGAGGAGCCUCAGGAAGGUCAACGGGAAGCACGUGCUGAGGUUCAGAUUGCACGGAAGUUACAGUGCAUUGCAGACCAGUUCCACAGGCUCCACAUACAGAGGGUAGGCACUCUUUCUGAGGGGAGAAGGGGAUUGGGUUAUCCAGCAUCAGCAGAACAGAAAUCAAGUGUGGUGGCAGAUCCUUCUCUUCAUACAUAACUUGGCCUUAAAUGUGGAGGCGAACAGGAACCACGUAGGUCAGAGGUGAGACUCCUCCACCUGUUCCAGGUCACAUCCAGUCUGCAGGGAGCACUGAACAAACACUGGUCUGGGGGAGAGAGACAUACACACACCGCCGGCCGGAUGUGAGGACUCUGUCAAACUUUUACUCAUCUUCUCAAGCUUUUUUUUUUUUUUUCCCUCCCCCUUCCCCCCCCCAAGGACUCUUCUUUACUGCUUCUUGCCUGAUGAGGCUGGGAGCUCUUGUCCAACACUGUUGAAGGAAAGUCUUAGAAUUUGGAUGUGUUUGGUAAAGCUUGCUGCUGAUUCCCCAAAUCAGUAACCUCUAUGCAAGUGAAGCAGGUAAUAGAUGAACAGGUUCCUCUGCUCUGUGUUGUUGAGUUGUUUUUUUUAUUUUAAUUGAUAGAAUGCAGCGUUUUGUAAUUUUGGCUGCUGGUUAAUGAUGGUGUCUGGGACUGAUGGCUCUAAAUGUACUUUGGGCUACUUCCAGAUAAGAGACACUUGACUCCUCUAUGGGAUAACUUUGAAAAAAAAGUUCUUUUUAGAAACAAUUACACUUAAGUAGCUUAUGUACAGCAGCAGGUGGGUCACUGAUUAUUUCCCUGAAUUUUAUUACCAGGGAGACUUGUAAAAAUCUAGUUUUGUUUAAUGACUUAAUUGGCCCAAGUUGGACAUCCUUCAUGUGAAGUUGCUCUUUGUCAUUGUCACUAAUAGAUGGAAUUGUUUCUGUUAGAAGAAGAGUCUUCAGAAUCUCUCAUAAGAUGUUGGUGACUCUUCAGGAUCUUUGUGCAAAGGGCUGUUUGGUCCUGUACACUAUAUACUGUCCCCAUAAACCAGGAUAGAGCUGUUAAAGAUGGAAUAUAAUCUAAGCAUCAUUCUUCUGGAAUUGUUAAUCUGUAUAUUUUUGUUAGUGCUCUGGUGGAUUUUUUUUUUCCUCCUCCUUAUCAUAUGCGCUGUUAAGAUUCAGAUCCCAAGCAACUGAUAUGUUUGCUUCAUGAUUUGACUAAGAGAUUAGUUAGUAAUUACUUUGAAUCCCGACACUGCAGGUUUGUACAAGUAAUCACUCUGUUGUUCUAAUGAGUAAUACUGGAAGUGAUAUUAGUGUACACUGACAACAGAAAUACUACUUGGAGUGAUAGCUCAUUGUCAUUGACUUGUGACUGUUGUGGUGUUUUUAAAUCUGUUUGACUGCCACUCUUGGAACAGGGAUGGGGAACUACCUACCCCAAAAAUUUGGGUUUCGUUUGUUUAUGAAGUGUGAAAUACUAAGGAAAAAAAGGAUAUAGCCUCUGCUUUUCACAGACUGUUUCCAUACUUGCCCAGAGCUAAUUCUAAAUCACAAAUUAUAAAACUUAACACUAGGAAAAAUCUUUCUGGACAGUUGCCCUGCAGUCCUGCUACAGCUGUCAACACAGAGUGGUUCUGGAGCUCCUGGUCUGCUCUGAAGCCUAAUGAACAGUAAAGAAUCACUGUAUUGGAAGAGGAGUUUUCUUGCACAUUCUCCUUCCCCUCCACUUCCCCCCUUUUCUUGCCCUUCUUUAAGUCUGUUUCCAUCUCUGAUAUUUGUAAUGACCAAAUUCCCAUACCCUCAGUAACCCCGUUAAAGUGCCUGGUAAUGAUUUGUAGCACGUAUUUGGAUGCUUCCCCUCUAUUUCUCAAUCCCAUCUCUUGACUGGCAUUCUUCUUUUUCAAGGCAGGAGUUGUCUAGCCCCCUCCAAACCAGCUCCCAGGACCCUCUCAGUUUACACAGCUCUGCUGCGAUCUUUCAGUACAAAAGGGGUUCCUCACGCAAACUGACUUUUUUUUCUCCCCUUAGCUAAGGCUACAUUAUGCAGAGUAAUGUGUUCCUCUGGGAUGGUCAGGAGUUCAGAACAAUGAUUCUUAAGUCAGCUUUGCUUCUUUUUAGUUAAGCACGUGCACUAUGGAGUUAUUCAGUGGGAUGUAAGUGGUACCUGUCAUUGAUUACUUUGUAGCGGUACUGGAAGCUGCUACUUAUUACUGAAAUACCUUCAAUGGCUCUGCAAAACAGAGUCACUUAGGGUGCGUGGUGAUUGGAGAAUGGGGUUUAAAUAGGAAGCAGGCCUGAGGGGUGGGUAAGCACAGACUGGAUUUAGGGGCGCGAGCCCUCGGAAUCUAAAGUUUGGGGAGAGCCCACUUAGAACUGAAGGUGUAGCAUAGGCAGCAGGUGGAGUCCCCCUUUGGGAAAGUUAGUCCCUGGCUCCACCCCUUCCGCCUGCAGCUGGAGCCCCGAGACCCCAUCGUCCCGCCCCCUGUGGCUAAAGCCUCAAGCACACAUGCACCCCUUGGCCAGAGGAUCGCUGGGCUAGCUGCAGCCAUGCCUCUCCUCCCCUCCCCAGACCCAAGGAAAAGCAUCUCUUCAAAGAUGCUUUUGAUAUGCACCAUGCAGGUUCUGGGGCAGUUGAGGAGGCAGUAUUUGCUACUGAGUUUCCUGGAUUCAUCAGUAAUCUCCCUGGAGUCUAGAGAGAUUACUGAUGAACCCAGGAAGAUGAGUACCACAUACUGCCUCCUCAGCCACACCGGAACCUGUGUGGGGGAUAAUAAAGCAAAAUCUUAGCCACCAAACCCCGCAACCAGGGUCCGGUGGCCAUGGGAGGCCUAUUAUACCCACUGCUCAUGAGGUGUAGGCUUGUCAAGGAAACUCUGAGGGAGAGGGGUGUGGAGCUUUAGAGGUUGCAGUUGGGAAGGAAUGAAACAAAGCUGUCAGCCAGUAUGGUGCAGACAUAGGUAAUGCACACUCAUUUCCCUACUGAUUGACUGAAAUCCUUUCAUCCCAUCUCUGACCCCUCAGAUUAAUAACAGCCUUAUGAAGUUUGCAAAGAUUGGGCAAGCCCAUCUGACUUUAGAACACUACUUCAUCACCAUAUCAAGAAAUCAAACUAGUGUCAUCUUUCUUCCUUAAAUUCCAGCCUGGUCAGUUAAACCCCAAAGCAAAUAAGUCUCCCUGGACUGCUCAGCCAACCGUGAUAGAAGUGUAAGAUGAAAAAGCAAGUUUGAUAUAGGUACUUGAUGAUGGUCUGCCCUCACUAGCUUAUUCUGUAAUAUCACCCUUCUUAAUGGGGGGAAUAAAUGGCUGAAAUAGUUUUGUAGACCAUCUAACUGUACUGAAUUGUUUGGCUCACGGAGAGAUGUAGCCUUUCCUGGCCAUAAUGUCCACUGCUAGC